AUGAUGGACUACAACGACUCCCAUGCUCUGUUCUCUGGGGAGCAGCUCAUCUAUGCCAUCACCAUACCACUGUCAACCGCCAUCAUCUUGGCCAACCUCGCCAUCAUCUUGGGCAUCGCCUGGAACCGCCAGCUCCACAACACGCCCAACUACUUCUUCCUCAGCCUGUUAGUGGCAGAUCUGUCCACGGGCGUGGCGCUGCCUUUCAUACCACUAAUGGGUCUGAACCGGGAGUUGAGUUUCAGCUCCUGCAUGGUGGCUCACAUUUUCCCAAACUUCCUCUUCCUGGCGUUCCUUUUCAACCUGGUAAUGGUCCACAAUGAGCGCUACAUUUGCAUCGUCGACCCCCUGCAUUACAAUAACUUGUGGAUGCAUCGCAACUUCCCUCUGGCGUUGCUUGCGGUUUGGGCGCCGCCACUUCUGUACGCAUCUCUACCUGCUUUCGGGUGGAAUAACUGGACAGGGCCCGAUUGGAACGGCUGUUGUGCAAGUAGCCAAAAUACAAUGCCGCUUUCAAACUGUUCGACAAACAACACAACGUGCUGCUCGUACAGGCGAGUAUUCCCCAAUGCUUUCAUCUACUUGGAGGUGUAUGGACUCGUCUUACCUGCUAUUCUUACCAUCGCUGGCAUGACUGGCCGAGUUUUAUGGAUCACCCGAGGUCAGCUGAAGGAUAUUUGUCGCCUCCAUCGUUCAGUGGAGAGGGGAAGUCAGGCCUCGGACCAAGAGCAGAAGCUAAACCUGCGGUACACUCGCUGCGUAGUGGCGGUGUCGCUGACGUUCCUCGCGUGCUGGGUACCCUACCUCAUUUACAUGCACGUCUGCAUAGGGUUUCUGAUCAGUGACACCAAGCGGAGCUCCACCGUUCACAUCGUGCUGUCGUGCAUGGGGAUUGGAAGCAUGGCAGUGGUGCCGCUGGUGCUGGGCCUAGCUAACAGGCAGUACACAGAACCUGCGUACAAACUUCUCCAGAAACUUAGAGACAGGUGGAGGGGAAGGACACAGGGAUCAGAGGAGGUGGCAGUCUGA